AUGUCUGUAAGUGUAGGAGGUGUGACUAAAAAGGUCAAGAAGAGCAAGAACAACGAUGCUAAGGCAUUAGCUGAAAAAAUAAAGAGAAAUGCGCUCAAGCAACAAGAACUUGAAAAGUCUAAAACCAGUCAAGCAGUCGAUGCUGCUCAAACUGAACCUGCUGAAAAAGAAGUAGUUGAAGUAGAGACUAAAGUUGACACUAUAGUUGAUCCAGAUGCUCCGCUCAAGUUCGAAACAUUCCAAGAACUCAAGCUUAUUCCAGAACUUUUGGAAUCUAUUCAAAACAUGAAAUUCACAAAACCAACUCCAAUUCAGUCGGAGGCUAUUCCACAUGCUCUUGCCGGGAAAGAUAUCAUUGGGUUGGCUCAAACUGGGUCUGGUAAGACCGCUGCGUUUGCCAUCCCUAUCCUUCAGGCACUCUGGGACGCCCAGCAACCGUAUUUCGGUUUGGUUUUGGCUCCUACUCGUGAACUUGCUUACCAAAUCAAAGAAACGUUCGAUGCCUUGGGUCUGGCCAUGGGACUUCGUUCCAUUUGUAUUGUUGGGGGUAUGGACAUGAUGGACCAGGCCAGAGACUUGAUGCGUAAGCCACACAUCUUGGUGGCUACCCCAGGUCGUAUCAUGGAUCAUUUGGAACAUACCAAGGGGUUCUCCCUUAAAAACUUGAAAUAUCUUGUUAUGGAUGAAGCUGAUAGACUUUUAGAUAUGGAUUUUGGUCCUGCCUUGGAUAAAAUCUUGAAAAUCAUUCCAACACAACGUACCACAUACUUGUUCUCUGCCACCAUGACCAACAAGAUCGCCAAGUUACAACGUGCCUCUUUACAUAACCCUGUCAGAGUUGCAGUUUCUGAUAAAUAUCAAACCGCAGACAACUUGGUUCAAUCCAUGAUGCUUGUCAGUGACGGUUACAAGAAUACCUUUUUGAUCCAUUUAUUGAACGAACACAUUGGUAAAUCCAUCAUUAUCUUCACCAGAACAUGUGCACACACUCAAAGAACAACUUUACUUGCUAGUAUUUUGGGAUUUUCUGCCGUUCCAUUACAUGGACAACUUACUCAAGCACAAAGAUUGGGUUCUUUGAACAAAUUCAAGUCUGGUAAGGCCAACAUCUUGGUGGCAACUGACGUUGCUUCUAGAGGUUUAGAUAUCCCAUCGGUUGAUCUUGUUAUCAACUACGAUAUUCCUACUGACUCAAAGGCUUACAUCCAUCGUGUCGGUCGUACUGCUCGUGCUGGCCGUUCUGGUAAGUCUGUGUCACUUAUCACCCAAUACGAUUUGGAAAUGUACUUGCGUAUUGAAAGUGUUUUAGGUAAGAAGUUACCUAAAGAUCCAUCUCCACCAAAGGAUGUUUUGGAUGCAUUGCAUGUUCAUGUGGAUAGAGCCAGUGCUGAGGCAAUCAGAAGAACUAAGGACUUCCAUGAAAAGAGAAACGAAAAGAAGAGAGGUGGUAGAGGUGACAACAGGGAUAGAGAAGAACGAUAA